AUGUCGUUUAUUGCAGUUAAUCCGGACAAUCAUUUUCCGAUUGAAAACUUGCCUUACGGAGUCUUUUCAACUCCUGAAAAUAAUCGCCAUAGAAUUGGAGUUGCUAUUGGAGAUCAAAUUCUUGAUUUAAGUGUUAUCAAGCAUUUGUUUAAUGGACCUAUUCUAAAGAACAACCAGAAUGUUUUUGAAGAGCCAAUUUUAAAUUCCUUUAUGGAAUUAGGUCAGCCUGCCUGGACUGAGGCCAGAAACCGGUUAAAAUGUAUUUUGUCUGUGGAAGAACCUGUUCUCAAAGAUGAUGCUGCCUUGAGGGCAAAGGCUUUUGUUCCUCAGAGUAAAGCUGAGAUGCACUUGCCUGCAAGAAUUGGUGAUUAUACAGAUUUUUAUUCUUCAAAGAACCAUGCCUAUAAUGUGGGAUGCAUGUUCCGAGGACCAGAAAAUGCACUGAUGCCUAAUUGGACUCACCUUCCUGUUGGUUACCAUGGUCGAGCAUCUUCUGUGUCACUGGCUGCCAGUAAUUUCUUCUCUCUCUUUCUCUCUCUCUUUCUCUCUCUCUUUCUCUCUCUCUUUCUCUCUCUCUUUCUCUCUCUUUCUCUUUCUCUUUCUCUUUCUCUCUCUCUUUCUCUUUCUCUUUCUUUUUCUCUUUCUUUUUCUUUUUCUCUUUCUUUCUCUCUUUCUCUUUCUUUUUCUCUUUCUUUCUCUCUUUCUCUUUCUUUCUCUCUUUCUCUUUCUUUCUCUCUUUCUCUUUCUUUCUCUCUUUCUCUUUCUUUCUCUCUUUCUCUUUCUUUCUCUCUUUCUCUUUCUUUCUCUCUUUCUCUUUCUUUCUCUUUUUCUCUUUUUUUCUUUCUUUCUCUUUCUUUCUCUUUUUCUCUUUCUUUCUCUCUUUCUCUUUCUUUCUCUCUUUCUCUUUCUUUCUCUCUUUCUCUUUCUUUCUCUCUUUCUCUUUCUUUCUCUCUUUCUCUUUCUUUCUCUCUUUCUCUUUCUUUCUCUCUCUCUCCUUUUAUUAUUACUGAAACUAAACCCCCUGUUUUUGGUCCCUGCCAUUUAAUGGACAUGGAACUGGAGAUGGCUUUCUUUGUUGGAGGUCCUUCCACCAUGCUGGGUUCCAAUAUCCCAAUCCAAGAAACUGAAGAUCAUAUUUUUGGAAUGGUCGUCAUGAAUGAUUGGAGUGCUCGUGAUAUCCAAAAAUGGGAAUAUGUUCCUCUUGGACCAUUUUUGGCCAAAAAUUUAGGUACCUCCAUUUCUCCGUGGAUUGUAACAAUGGAUGCAUUGAAGCCUUUUGUUACCGAGAAUAUUAAACAGGAACCAAGCCCUUUGCCUUACUUGCAACACGGUGAUAAUUAUAAUUUUAAUAUUAAUUUGGAUGUUCACCUCAAAGUACCUGAAGUUAGUGAUCCUGUUUUGAUCUCAAAGUCCAAUUUCAAGUAUAUGUAUUGGACCAUGAAACAACAAUUAGCUCAUCAUACCAUCACAGGUUGCAAUGUGAAUGCAGGUGACCUCAUGGGCUCAGGAACUAUAAGUGGCACAACUCCUGAUUCUUUUGGUUCCAUGUUGGAACUUUGUUGGAAAGGAACCAAACCAGUGGAUCUUGGAAAUGGUGCCACUCGAAAAUUCUUGCAAGAUGGAGAUGAAGUCAUUAUGACAGGUAAAUAUUGA